CCCCUCACACGUGACGUGGUCUGUAGGUCCAGUCCCACUGUUCUGCGCUGUUGAGAGCUUGGUGUACGUCUGCUGCUGCUGGAAUACAGCUUCUUUCUGUGUAUUGCCAUCCUGCGCUUCCCACCAUGGUUCUAGAGCUAGACUUGUUCCGUGAAGAUAAAGGAGGCAAUCCUGAGCUGGUCAGGGAGACGCAGAGGAAGAGAUUCAAGGACCCGGGCUUGGUAGACUCCUUGUUAGGGGCAGACACUGCGUGGAGAAAAUGUAGAUUUCAGACAGAUGCUUUGAACAAGUCUAAGAACCUGUGUAGCAAAAGCAUUGGUGAAAAAAUGAAGAAAAAGGAACCUGUUGGUGACACUGAUGUUCUUCCAGACAAUAUAUGUAAUGUGGAGGAAGUAACAGCAGAUAUACUAAAUCCAUUGACAGUAACACAAAUCAAGAAGUUGCGGAUCAUGAUAGAUGAAAAAAUAGCCGAAACAGAUGCAGAGCGUUUACGUUUAGAGACUGCAAGAUUUGAGUGUCUAAGAGAGAUAGGAAACCUGCUGCAUCCAAGUGUUCCAAUCAGUAACGAUGAGGACAACGAUAACAAAGUGGAACGAUUGUCAGGGGAUUGUACUCAAAGAAAGAAGUACUCUCAUGUAGAUCUGGUCACUAUGGUAGACGGCUUUGAAGGAGAGAAAGGGGCAGUGGUUGCUGGUAGCAGAGGGUACUUUCUUAAGGGUCCACUGGUGUUUUUGGAGCAAGCUAUUAUCCAGUAUGCACUUCAGACGUUGGCUGGAAAAGGUUAUACCCCUAUUUACACGCCAUUCUUCAUGCGGAAAGAUAUAAUGCAGGAAGUAGCUCAAUUAAGCCAAUUUGAUGAAGAACUGUAUAAGGUGAUUGGAAAAGGAAGUGAAAAACAUGAUGAUGGGUCCAUUGAUGAGAAAUAUCUGAUUGCUACUUCAGAACAACCAAUUGCUGCUUUACAUCGUGAUGAAUGGUUGAAGCCUGAAGACUUACCGAUACGUUAUGCAGGUCUAUCAACCUGCUUCCGUCAGGAAGUGGGUUCCCAUGGAAGGGAUACUCGAGGCAUCUUCAGAGUGCAUCAAUUUGAAAAGAUUGAGCAGUUUGUUUAUGCAUCUCCUCAUGAUAAUAAAUCUUGGGAAAUGUUUGAAGAGAUGAUUAAGACUGCAGAAGAGUUUUACCAAGCAAUGGGGAUCCCAUACCGCAUUGUCAACAUUGUAUCAGGUGCUUUAAAUCAUGCAGCAAGUAAGAAGCUGGAUUUAGAAGCCUGGUUUCCAGGGUCUGGUGCUUUCCGAGAGUUAGUGUCCUGUUCCAAUUGUACUGACUAUCAGGCUCGAAGGCUACGUAUUCGUUAUGGACAGACGAAAAAGAUGAUGGAUAAGGUUGAGUAUGUGCAUAUGUUAAAUGCCACAAUGUGUGCUACAACACGGACAAUCUGUGCAAUUUUAGAGAAUUAUCAAACUAGCGAAGGAAUUAUUGUACCUGAAAUACUAAGAGAUUUCAUGCCUCCUGGACUGAAAGGAAUUAUCAGAUUUGUAAAGCCAGCUCCAAUUGAUGAGGAACCUACAAAAAAGCAAAAGAAGCAGCAAGGAUCAAAGAAGAGUCAAAGUUCUGGUUUAGAAUUUCCGAUGCAGAAUAUGGAUGUGAACAAUGCUUCAUAGUCCAUCUGUUCUUAUGUAUAUCUUACUGGCUUAUUGAUACUCAGUCAUCUAGUUAUUAAACUAUUGGCAAUUGGAGAUCCAUUGUAUUUAACUGUUACUGGUCGUCUUAUAUGCAACCUGCUUAAUGAUGACUGCAAAGGCAUAGUAAAAUUGAAUAAAUAGGUUAUUAUAGACCUA